ACAAUCACACAUGUCAAAGUUGUCAACAAAAUCGUGUUAACCUUCUGAUGCAACUAUUCCAAAUAUUGAGACAAAUUUGACUCACCCUAGUUCCAAAAAUGAAAAAAGAAGAAGUGAGAGAUUUCUUCAGUAGAACCGUCUCCGACAAUGAAGACCUUUCAGUGGGAGUCGUCGCUAUAAUGACGUUAAUGAAAAUAAUCGAGAAAUACGAAGACAUGACGGUGCAAGGUUUGCAGAAGAAUCUCAAAGAAGGGAUUUCUGCCAUGAAAACCACGGAUCAUCCAGUUACGGCUAUCAACUCAGGCUGUGAGCUCUUCAUGCGGUUUAUCACUUUGGCCAAACUUGAUGAUUCAAACUUUGAAGAAUGUAGACAGGUUAUGUUAAAUAGGGGCGAUAUUUUUCUGAAGAAGUUGCAACAAUUUAGGGACAGAAUAGUAAAAUUGGCCACUAAGUUUAUUGCAGAUGGUUCAAAAGUAUUGACUCAUUCUCGGUCUCGAGUUGUUUUGAAGACUUUAACUGAAGCGUGGAAGCAAAGUAAUCAUUUUGAAGUGUAUGUGACGCAGUCGGCGCCUGAUAAUAGCGGUGAAGUCAUGUGUAAAAAUUUGAAAGCUGAGGGGAUCCCUUGCACUUUAAUAUUGGACUCUGCUGUGGGCUACGUUAUGGAACAAGUUGAUUUUGUUAUGGUAGGGGCUGAAGGAGUGGUGGAAAGCGGCGGGAUUAUUAAUAAAGUUGGUAGUUACACUAUAGCUGUGUGUGCCAAAGAAAUGAAGAGACCGUUUUAUGUAUUGACUGAGAGUUUUAAAUUUACGCGGUUAUUUCCGUUAAAUCAGGGCGAUCUGCCUGCAGAAUAUAAGUACACUCCUAGUAAAAGUAGGUUAGAAGAAAGGGAGUUGAAAGAAGUCCACCCUCUCGUGGACUACACCCCCCCGUCCUACAUCACCCUUCUAUUUACCGACCUCGGUAUUCUAACCCCCUCUGCCGUCAGCGACGAACUCAUAAACCUGUAUUUAUAAUCAAAAAAAUUAAAACAUUUAUUCAAAACUCA